ACGUGGUGUCUGUAGGUCUUCUUUAUUUGUAACUGUUCACUUGUUCGCGACCGGUGAAGGAAUGUGGGCUGUCAUUGUCGAGUUCACAUCAAAAUACAGUGAUUAACAGUUUUUGUCUUUAAUACGCAGAAAGGAAUGAGGGAUGUGUUUCGUGACCGUUAUUUCGUCUACAAGAGACUGGUAUUUUUUUUCUGGGAACUGACUGUGGCAUAUUACCAAAGUAUGAUGCAGUCUGACAUUUGUACGGAGAUUUGAGCAGUGUCCUCCCAGCCAAAUAAUUCAGCACUGUCCUCAGGUCACAACAUGGAGUACUCCUCCCAGGAAAUUCAGCUGACAAUCAUCGGCCUGGGCUUCUUCUUCUACGCCUUUAUCUUCCUCCUCUCUCACAUCCUGUCUAGCCUGCUGUUUCACACCUACCGCUCACUGUCAGCCAAAGAAAUGGUCUUCUGGGAUUUGGCUGCGACAAGGGCUGUGUUUGGCAUCCAGAGCACGGUGGCAGGGCUUCGGGCGCUUAUGGAGGAAUCUGCUGUCUACUCUGAUAAGAUUCUCGGGCAGGAGAACUGGUCAUGGUUCAACGUGCUGACCGCUACAGGCUUCUUCUUGUUUGAAAAUGUGGCCCUUCAUGCAUCCAACGUGGCAUUCCGGUCUUUCGACUUGCCGUUGGCCAUGCAUCACUUCUUCGCCCUCGCAGGGUUUGUCGGUGCAGUUGUGUGGAACUGGCUGGGUCAUUUCCUCCCUAUGGUGACUUUGCUGCUGGAGAUGAGCACACCUUUCACCUGCAUCUCCUGGAUGCUUCUUAAGGCGGGAUGGUCUAAGACUUUCUUCUGGAAAGCUAAUCAGUGGAUGAUGAUUCACAUGUUCCACUGCCGUAUGGUUGUGUCCUACUACAUGUGGUGGGUGAGUUGGAAUCAUUGGGAGGAGAUGAACACCCACAUCCCGUUGGUUCAGAGACUGCUGUUCUUCAUAGGCCUCUUCCUGCUCACCUUCUUCCUCAACCCCAUUUGGACACAUAAGAAAACCCUGCAGCUUCUUAAUCCUGUGGACUGGAAUUUUGACAAUAAACCUGCAGCAGAGAACGGACCAAUCCAAGACAAGGCUCGACACAAGCCCCAUGCCAACUGAUGAACGCUAAGAUCAAAGCCUUAUGGGAAAUACAGUCUGGAGAAGAUACAGUCUGCUUUAUGAAGCAGAGAGAAAAUAUGCAAUAUUAUACAGUUGUGUUUUAGUGAAUUUAUUUGAAGGCUUAGGUUUAGCACUAACUUGUACUACUUCCUACAACGUUAGCACACACAUUGCACAGUUAGUAAAGUGUCUGUAUUUGAAUCAAGAGUUUACCCCAAAAUGUAAAUUCUGUCAUUAGUUACUCUAUUAUUUACCCUCAAUGUUAUCCCAAACCUGAAAGAAUUACUGUUUUUGUCAAAUAACUGAAAUUAAGUGGGGUCCAAAAUAAUAUCUCAUGACUUUCAUUAUAUGGACCAAAUCAUUUAUUUUAAAAAUACUUAUUUACUAUUUAUUUUAAAAUACUUAUAUAUAUAUAUAUAUAAUAUAUAUUUUUAUGUUUACCUGAAGAAUGAAUGUCAUGUAUGUUUGGAAUGACAUGAGGAUGAUUAAAUGAUAACAGAGUUUUCAUUUUAGGUGAACUAUCCCUUCAAGCAGUUCUAGCUAUAUAUUUUUGAGCACUUAAAACAAUGUCUAGAAGUCUGGUGCAUGUUUCAGUGAGACUUCUUUGGGCCUGCAAAUAUCAUGAGAUCCGUUUAUGCAACUUGCUUUCAACUUCCUGUUUGAGUUGAGUUGGGCGUCCUGAAAGAAGCCUUUCAUGUGUUUAUGUGUGUUUAGGUGUUUCGGGAGUGGCAGUUUGAGUCAUAUUUUUCUUUGUACAUGGGUCUGUGCAGCACAGCAUCUCUCAAGGUGUGAGAUCCUUGUCUUUUUCGUACGUUUUUUUUCUGAUAGACUCAUAUUUGCUACUUCCAGUAGUUAUUUGUCUUGUGAUGACGAAAACCCUGACUGCUUCAUGCCCAAGCGUGGUCUGUCAACUCAACCACACUCUACUUAACAAAAUGCCACUCAGUUUCUAUGAAAACUUCAGCCCAAAGCCACCAGACCUGGUUUUAGUUUUAGUUGUAUGAAGGAUUUGUCUUUUACAUAUGUUGUGUUUUGGUGUUCAAUGGCUGUAGGCAGUGUUUUGUGAGUUUUUGUGGACGUUUGACUGAACUCUUUGUGUUCUGCAUAAAUAGGGUUUGUUCUGUCAGAGACUGGCUUAUCUCUGUAGAAAGGAAUGUGUGUGUGUGUGUGUGUGUGUGUGUGUGUGUGUGUGUGUGUGUGUGUGUGUGUGUGUGUGUGUGUGUGUGUGUGUGUGUGUGUUUGCCAGGGCGGUAUAAGGGAUGAAAAGUAAGUUGUUUUAUUUCACAAUAUAUUGUUUCAUUUCAAGGGCUAGAUAUUGAGUUUGAGUUCCUCUGUGUUUGUGUGUUUGGUUAUACUCAGUACUUCUUCUUUUUGUCAUACAUUAUAUGCAUUCUUUAGAAGUUGAAAACCAAAACAGAAAAUUCACAUUGAGGCAUACAGCAUAUUUAAAACAUCUAUAACAGACAAUACAAAACAGUGCCAAAUUAACCUGCACAUCAAUGAUCUAAUGCUAUACUACAGGAUAUGAAUGAAGGAAACCGUACAAUGUUGACCUUUGUAACAGUUCAGUGUAUUUUGAGGACGACACAAAGAGGAUGUGUGGUAUUAUCUGAUAGCAACAGGUGGAUAAAAGUAUGAUAUAAAUAUUCAUAUUUUGUAAUGUAAUACAAACAAAGGGGCAGUUUAACUGCUGUCAUCAGCUGGUAAAAUACCCCGGCUUUAGUUGCUUGUGUUUUUCAGUGAGGUUUAAAAAGCCUGUUCUUUCACAGUGUGGCAGACAGAACUGCAGCUUUGUGUCAAGAAUUGUGUCACAUGUUCAGCAGGUUAGCUUAAUGAUAUUUAAAAAGCUCAAAGAUGACAUUCUUUAACCUCAUGGGUGACAACAAAUGUCACUAACCUUGAAACUAUUUUUCUGGGGGGGUUAGUAUGCACUUCUAUGUAUACCAAAACCAUGUUUUAUUAUUUAAACUUAUAUUUUUUUUCCUUUAUAUUUAAUGGUUUAUUUCAUAUAAUGAGUUCGAAAUUUUUCAAAACUGUAACAAACUACUGCUUAUAUUCACACUGUUGUCUUCAGUAUAUGUCGACUGGAAACCGUUGUAUAUUUAAAUAUGAAUCGGUGUUAUAUUGGUGCACAUUUCAGCUGAAAUUAUUACUUGCAGGGAAAUGCAUGUGUUUAAAUUAUUUAAAAAUCCUGUUGAUGCUCUUCUGUAAAAUAAGUGUUUAUGGUUUUCUACGGGAGGAAAACGAGAGAAGUGCAUUAUGUUCAUGUUCUGCUGUUCUAUGGCGACAGAUUUGCAUUCUUGUUUUUUUCUCUUACAGAUGAUUUGCAGGACUCUGUACGUUAUGGUACCAAAUUAGUUUUAAGCGUUUAAUCACCACAUUGUCUUAUCUCCAUUGGAAACAUGCACGAUUUACUGUUGUGAAAUGUUGAGAGGAAAAAAAGCAAUAAAUACAAUAAAAUAAAAAAGACUUCAAGUGACGUCAGUGAGAAUGCAAGUGCAAGUCUGCAGCCACCUUUCUCAAGCUUGUAUUUAUACCAACGAAAGCGUGCGUACGCAAUAAACAUUUGCACAAACAAUU